CGCUGCAGCGGCGGCGGCUGUUGACAACAUGGCGGCGGAGGAGGCUGCCUCCUUGGUUCAGUGGGGCUCUGGAGGCGGCAGGAGCCCCACUCUGCUGCCUCUGGAGCCUUGAGGGGACGCGGGACCGGCCUCGCCUCCGCUCCUGCGCCGCCAUGUCCUUCUUCAGGCGGAAAGUGAAAGGCAAAGAACAAGAGAAGGCAAUAGAAGCCAAGGCCAUUAAAGCUACAGUACCAGUACAUUCCCCACAGAGAAGCACCCGAAACCAUGCCUUGCUGGAGGCAGCCGGACCAAGCCAUGUGGCCAUCAACGCCAUCUCUGCCAACAUGGAUUCCUCCAGCAGCCGCACGGCGGCUCUUAAGAAGCAGCCCAGCCACAUGGAGGCUGCUCACUUUGGAGACCUGGGCCGAUCCUGCCUGGACUACCAGACUCAAGAGACCAAAUCCAGCCUCUCCAAAACCCUUGAGCAGGUCCUCCGGGACCCGGUGGCCCUGCCCUACUUUGUCCAGUUCAUGGAGCUGCGUCGCAUGGAGCACCUGGUCCGUUUCUGGCUGGAGGCCGAGAGUUUCCACUCCACCACUUGGUCCCGCAUCCGGGCGUACAGCCUAAACACCAUCAAGCACAGCUCCUUGGCGGAGCCGGUCUCCCCUUCCAUCGCCGAACCCGAGAACUCCGCUACCGACAUCUCUGUCUCCUCUGAAUCGCUUGGCAGAUGGCCGGAGGAUUCUGGGCUAGGGCCCCAGCCCUCCUCGUCCAUCAAAUUGCCGGCCGCUGGAUUGAACGGCCGAACUUUGAACCUUCAGAAGCAUUUGCUGCUUUGCCAGGGCGGCGCUGGCCAAGCCUGUCUCGGGUUUGGGACGUCUGGAGCAGAGGACUGUCCUGCUCCAGAUGAACCUGGAGGCGCUUCCAAAGUCUCCACACCCAAUAGAAACAGUCCUUCCUUUGCACUAAAGGACCUGUCAGGAAAACUCAUGAAAAGUAUAGAGCAGGACGCAGUUACAAUUUUUACCAAAUAUAUUUCUCCCGAUGCUGCUAAACCGAUCCCCGUUACGGAGCUGAUGAGAAACGACAUUGUAGCAAAGAUUUGUGGGGAAGACGGCCAGGUGGACCCCAACUGUUUCGUCAUGGCACAGUCAGUAGUGUUUAAUGCCAUGGAACAAGAGCACUUUAGCGAAUUCCUGCGAAGUCACCACUUCUGUAAAUACCAGAUCGAGGUGCUUACCAGUGGGACCGUCUACCUGGCCGAUAUUUUGUUCUGCGAAUCUGCCCUCUUUUAUUUCUCUGAGUUCAUGGAGAAAGAAGAUGCCGUAAAUAUUCUGCAGUUCUGGCUAGCAGCGGACAACUUCCAGUCCCAGCUGGCAGCCAAAGAAGGCCAGUACGACGGGCAGGAGGCGCAGAACGAUGCCAUGAUCUUAUAUGAUAAGUAUUUCUCCCUCCAAGCCACCCAUCCCCUCGGCUUCGACGAUGCCGUGCGCCUCGAAAUCGAAUCCAACAUCUGCAGGGAAGGAGGGCCACUCCCCAACUGUUUCACCACUCCAUUGCGCCAAGCCUGGACCACCAUGGAGAAGGUUUUCUUACCUGGCUUCCUGUCCAGCAACCUUUAUUACAAAUACUUGAACGACCUCAUCCACUCGGUCCGGGGGGAUGAGUUUGCCGGCGGAAAUAUCGCACUGACUGUUCACGGCUCCGGCGGCGCUCCAGACAAUGACUCCCACACGGGGCCCUCUGACAGCACUACUCCUUCCCAGUCUAGCCUCAAAAAGGCUAAUGUAAAAAUCCUGAAAAACUUUGAUGAAGCAAUAAUUGUAGAUGCUGCCAGCCUGGAUCCGGAGUCUCUGUAUCAGCGGACGUAUGCCGGGAAGAUGUCCUUUGGCCGUGUCAGCGACCUGGGCCAGUUCAUCCGAGAGUCAGAGCCCGAACCAGACGUCAAGAAGUCCAGAGGGUCCAUGUUUUCACAAGCUAUGAAGAAAUGGGUGCAGGGCAAUACGGAUGAGGCCCAAGAAGAGAUGGCCUGGCGCAUAGCGAAGAUGAUCGUCAACGACGUCAUGCAACAGGCGCAACCAGACCUGGCUGCGGAAAAAGUUACAAAGCUAUGAUCUCUGAAAUUCCCAGGAGUGGGAAUGGCGUUGGGGUUUCUGCCUCCGAAGACAAGUGGACUUGUUCUCCUCCACCCUGUUACUCCCCAGCUCCUCCUCGGCCGACUCCGGUGGAAACCAAACGCUGUAAACGUCCACUGGCUUAUGUACCCCCACUACGCCAUUUAGGGAAAAAAUACACAACAAGGGGAAAGACUCCCCCGUAUCCAACCCAAACGGACUCGCUUCCCUCCGAUACGUGCCGACCGCAUCCCCAGUCAAGGAACAGUGUCCCGUUCUUCCAGUGCCCCGGCUCCAACCCCGAAAGAACAUUCACCGAAAAGACAAGUCGGAAUUAGACUGUAUCAAGACCCGGAGUUAGACGCUUCCCUUUCAUAGGUUCCUAGCUGAGACGUCUCACGUUUGACAGAACAUCUGCAGUUGGAAAAGGCACCUUAACCCGUCGGAGAGGCCUGGAUUGUCGGCCGUGAGCGGUCUCCUCUUCUUUACAAAAGCAUAUAUACUUCUCCUAUUUCCUUACUUGAAGUGUUCUCACCACGCCGGUAACCGGAGCUUCCUUUAUCGCCUGCCCUGGAAAAAGCGGGUCCUUGGUUUGUUAGAUUCCUCCAUUUAAGGUGACUUUAAGGGCCUUUAAUUUGGUCAUGCGCUCCUUGGCCGAGCAGAUGAAAAGCGGAAGGGAAUUCGGGUUGUUUCUCGCGUGCCUCUUGGGGAGGUUGUUAUUAUUUUUUGGCUUCCAAAUACUCCCGUUGCAUUCAUACAACCUCAUUCCCAUAAAUCAAUCUGAGUGCUGUUGUUGUUGUUUUCCCUUUUUUAAUGGCCAGUUCCGCAGCAUUGAGUCCCCCGCGCCUUUUAUUCCCUCGCUGGCCUUUUCCCACCGGCGUUCUUUAUGCCAAUGGAGAGCAGCGUCUCCACUGUCGCCGCAACUGCAAGGGACGGGUGGCUUUGCCAGAGCGUUAAAAGCCCCCGGACUCAAAACAUAUUGGAAAGUAACAUCCCUAAAUUGCAAAUUUCCAGGGGGGGGGGGGGAUGCUGAGAGUUAUAGUUCAGACAGUUACUUUUUUCCGGUUCCCGGUCAAACUGGGGUCCACUUCGUUGUACAUGAGUGUGCGCAUUGGUUUUUUUUCCCUCCUCCGUUUAUUCUAUCCUCAUCACUUUUAUUGAAGUUGUUUUCUGUUUGGAAGUUGGUGUUAGUAUUUUUUACAAUCCCAUUUGCUUUCCCCCCCCCAUUCUGAAGCCUUGUGCAGAACAAAACAAAACGCAACCCAAAUCCCACCCGCAGGAGAGCUUUGGGUUUAUUUCUUCCCCCCUCUUCCCUUCCGAUAUUUGGAAAGCUUUGACGGACGGAGCCGGCGUUUUACCGUUGCAAUAUCUGCUCCGGCGCGGCACUGUGAGUCGGCCGGCCAGAAGCAAAAACUCUUUGUGUACAGGCUUUUUUGGUACUGUGUACCAACACCUUAUUGUCCGACGCCCGAGUAUUCAUGUACUUAAACCAUAUUUAAUUGUGUUUUGAUUGAAAUA